AUGGCUGUUAUAGGGGAUUAUCUUAAUAGUCUUACUAUUUGUGUAGGAUUGUCUAUGUAUGGAGAAAACACGUUCACGUUCGUGGCGCUCAAUGUAUUCCCACACUUUUCUUGCCAAUCAGCCGUCAAAAGUGGCCUUGCGGACCACCAAUUUGUCAAAAACUUCGAAAUAGCACAUUGGCGGUUGAAAGUCCAACAUGCACUGAAAAAGAUCCAUGCCCUCCAGACUACUGCCACCACGAAGGUAAAUGUAGACGGAAUGGCACUGAAUUCUUUUGCGAUUGCCCUCGAGGCUACCAUGAUGGGCUCAUACCGAUGUGAAUGUGAUGCUGGAUUCAUCGGAAGUGAUUGUCAGGUGUAUCGAAGUGGUUUUGAAUGCACUCCAUCGGGUCCAAACGCUUGUAGGAAUGGUGGAUUCUGUUUAGUAGAGAAAAACAACAACACAUGUAUUUGCCCUCCCAUGUAUCAAGGACUUUACUGUGAAAAAGACGUCGACGAAUGCGCAAUCUCAAAUCCCUGCGAAAAUGGAGGCACCUGCAUCAAUACUGAAGGAGGCUUCAUCUGCCUUUGUACCGCCGCGUUUGAAGGAGAAACAUGCAGUAUAAAUAAGGAUGACUGCCUAUACAACAAGUGUGAAGCUGGUGCGACAUGCGUUGAUCUGACAGGAUCCUAUCGGUGCGAAUGCCCUUUAGGAAGGACUGGCUCUUUCUGCCAGUAUAAUGAUCCAUGUGUCAAUAUGCCUUGUCUCAACGGAAGAUGUAUUGGGGAUCCAGCGACUGGCAACUACACAUGUGCAUGUGAUCAUGGUUAUACGGGAUCGCACUGCGACCUGGACAUCGAUGAAUGUGCAGAAUGGGGUGAGGCGAUUUGCUAUAACGGAGCCACAUGCGUUAAUAUUGCUGGAGGAUACACUUGUGAAUGCCCGGCAGGAACUGAAUUUGCGAGUACUAUUCCCGUCAUUGUUCAGAAGAUCGUCGACCAUUGCGCAAGCAAUCCUUGUCUUAACAAUGGACAAUGUAUCAAUGCCGCUCGCGCCAGCAUUUGUCACUGUGCACCAGCCUUCUUUGGGGAGAAGUGCCAAUUUAAGAGGAAGCCAUGCUCUCGAAGUCGAUGCGACAAUGGAGCAACCUGUCGGCCAACGGCCAAUUAUAGAAACUAUACUUGCGAGUGUAAGCCAGGAUUCGAGGGAAAAUUCUGCGAAGUGGACAUAAACGAAUGCAAAGACCAGCCCUGCCGUAACGGAGGGACAUGUCACAAUACUCAUGGAAGCUAUAACUGUAUCUGCCCAGAAGGCUAUACCGGGAAAAAUUGUUUGGAGAAUAUUGACGACUGCGCUAGAAAUCCCUGCUUGAAUAACGGUACAUGCUUUGACGAGCUAGCGAACUUCCGAUGCGUUUGCCGCCCCGGCUUCACUGGCAGAACCUGCGGUGUUGACAUCGGUAAUGACUGCGCUUCAAAUCCUUGUCUAAAUGGCGCCACAUGUGUGGACGGAAUUAAUCGCUACGAAUGUCUGUGCAGGCGAGGAUUCAGCGGGCGAGACUGCCAUUUUAACGAUGACGAUUGUAGGCCUGGGCUCUGCCUGAAUGGUGGUAGAUGCAUCGAUGGCGUGGAUGAUUACAAGUGUGAAUGUCCUCGUGGUUUUACCGGUCAAAAUUGUCAAAUUUUUGUAAAUCUUGAUAAAUUCAACGAAACGGACAGCUGCGAAUCUAAAGCCGGUGAUGGAAAAUGCGAUGAAGAGUGUAACUUUUACGCAUGCGCUUUUGACGGUGGUGAUUGCUCCGCUCGAGAGCCAGAACCUUUUUCAAAAUGUAGUGCUGCAAGCUACUGCUCCCAUGUGUUCAAGGAUGGACGAUGUGACUCCAUUUGUAACAACGAAGCGUGCCUAUUUGAUGGAUUCGAUUGCGUCCCGACCACUCCCCGUUGUCCUCCACAGGUUGCGGAUUACUGUCGCUCGCAUUACGCGGACGGGAUUUGCGACAAUCAGUGCGAUCUUCCUGGAUGCGCUUUUGAUGGAGGCGAUUGCUCUACGAAAAAACAUGCUGCGCUUUCUGGAGACAUAUCUCUAGUCGUCUUAACUACUCCAGAACAAUUCACAAAGCAUGUGGGGAUGUUCCUUCUUACUCUAAGUCAAAAACUGCGUGCGUCAGUUCGAAUUAAGACUGACGACGACGGACCACUCGUUUUUCACUGGAAUGGCAAACCGUCUCCCAAGCGAAUCGCUCUUCCUAGAGAUCAACAUUUGUUCGUACAAUUCGGAGGCGAAAUUCGUCUGAAACGUUCUGUUGCGAAUGUUGGUGUGUUGGUUUGGAUUGAAGUCGACGUUUCCGGCUGUCACGGUGACUGCUUCAGUGACGUGGACACUGUUGCCAACUACCUUGGUGCAGCUAGCGCUAAGAAGGACCUGUCAGAGAUGGGCAUGCCCAUCUACGAAGCGAUUGCUCGACAUCCAGAUUCUACCGUAUCUCUUCCGCACUCUGACGGAUAUUGGGCAUUUAUCAUCGGCUGUUUCGCUAUUUUAAUCGUUAUUGCUAAUAAGCUUGCUUCCCUAUCCCAAAGUGAACAGAUGCUGCGUGCUGGAUUUUACUCUGAUCAUUUAUUUGGGUCAAAACGUCCUCGUUUAGAAAACAUGAACUUUUAUGACACCGACCCGUUCGCCUCUGCUUUGCACUCUCACAAAUAUCCCAGAGUGGAACUGAAGCCCACGAAAAAAGUGCACCCACCUCCAACACUCCUCCAUGAGCAAGCCUCAUCCAGCGUACCUAUAGAAGUCGACCAGUCAACAGUAAACGUACGCGGUCCUUUUGGAAGAACGGCAUUGAUGAUGUUGUGUGACAACUCGGAAAAGACUGAAAGCCAGCUCGUUGAAGAAGCGGCAAAGAUUUUGAAUGCCGGAGGUGAUCUGAACAUGCAAGAUGAUGAUGAGGAAACUGCUAUAUUUAUUGCUGUCCGAAGAGGAAGACUAGCCCUUGUAAAGAAGCUUCUGGAUAUGGGAGCUGAUCCCACUAUCAUGAAUAGGAACGAUUCCACAUGCUUACAUGAAGCAGCAGCGAAUUGUAAUCUGCGAAUGGUAGAGGAGCUUCUGAAACACAACUCCGUUGUCAAAGAGAGCGCUCUUUCCUACAAUGGACGCACAGCGCUACAUUACGCUGCGCAAGUGAACAACGUGCAAAUGAUUGAGUUCCUUAUAAGCAAAGAUGCCAACAAGGAUGCGCAAGAUUUGGAGGAUCGCACACCGCUAUUCCUUGCCGCAUCUCACGGGCAUGUGGAGGCAGUUCAGGCGCUCGUCAAAGCCGGAGCAUCCCUAGAAAUCACGGAUCAAAAGGACCGUACUCCUUACAAAGUAGCGGAAGAAAACGAGUUCCGAAAUGUCUUGGAAGUUUUAGACUCGGAGGAAAAUAAAACUAGUGUGCCGCUUCAUAUGGCUAUAGGAAAAAACUCCGUAAAAAACAACAGCCGUCAGGUUAAGCGGAUUCCCGUCAAGCGGAAGCCACAACCGUUAACGCCACCGCAUUCUGACGGAUGCGGCUCAACUCCUUCGCCGCACACUACGACGUAUGGACCUUCAUCCAGGCCAACAGCCUCAGUCUUGGAUUCGCCGUCCAGCGAUCGCACUAGCAGCGGAAAUGACGGAUUCUCUCCCGGAUCUCUACCCAUGACGCACCCCUCCUACUGGACUUCGGACGUUUCACACCAGUCUCCACCAUAUGAAAGCACGGAAUUAGGUGUCUGCUCCUACUACGGGAACUACUCGCAGAACUCUUCCUACGCCCACUCUUUUUCUGCUACAGCCUAUCCAUCCUGCCAGUACUCGGAAAGGUUUUUGAGGAAACUGAUAAAAAUAUCAGCAGCUUCUGGGAAAUGUACGAGUCCCUCACAAACUCUCUAUGCUACGCAUGCAUAUGACAGAACAUUGAUGGUGAUAGUGCAUCCGUUGAAAAUUAUAUUAACAGUAAUUUUUGAUAGUCGACUUGUCAAAGAUCUUGCAGUGCGAACACUCUACAUUUUUGAACACAGCGAUACUGUUGAAGAAGAUACU